UAUGGCGUCAGGAGGGUAGCUAGCCGGCUGGAUACAAGCACUUUUUAAAAAAUAUUGUUGUUGUUGUUGUGAGCAAAUAUCUAAGGAAGUUGAUGGCACCGUUAUGAAUGGCUGCGUUUAUGAAUAAUAAUUUAUAAAUAAUAAUAACACGGCCAGCUAACCGCUAGCUCGCCCGGACAGGUAGCUGCUCCGUGUGCGGGAAUAUCUCUUGACUCAUGACGGAGGCGGAGGAGCUGCGGCCCGUUCCCCGGGAGCGGGCCAUCCUGGAGAGCUUCUUCACGCAGCUCGGCAUGUUUUCUUUCGACCGGGCCAAGGACUACGUGGAGAAGGAGAAGGACAACAGCAGGAGCACCGGGGCCAUCUGGGCCGCUCUGCUGGCCGCUCUGGCUCACCUGGCCGCCGCGGAGAAGGCGUACCACAACAUGACAUUCCUAGGACAGAAAAUAGGCGGCCAGUCCUUCUUCAGCCGUAAAGACUCCAUCCGCACUAUCUACACCUCCCUCUACAACGAGCUCAGGAAGGUGGUGACGACGGGGCGUCACAGCCAGCCGGGCUCCACCUCCUACCUGGAGGACCUGCUGUCGCACCUGUCGGAGCAGCUCUGCCACUUCACCCAGGCCCGCAUGGAGAUGGCCGACCUGUACGAGAAAAUGCACUCACUGGGCAGCCAGAAGAGCAUCAACUCAGAGGAGCUGGUCACCACGCUGGAGGCCGUCCUGCAGAAAUACAGCUCCAAGUUCCACCACCCUAUCCUUGGCCGUGUGGAGGAGGGCUUCCAGACGGAGGUGGACGUAGUGACCCAGUUACUGCGCUGCCAGGCUCAGGUGUCAGAGUGGCAUUUCCUGCCCGCUCUGCUCAGCCUGCACGGUGCCAACACCAAGCUCACCGCCUGGGGUCAGCUCUUCCAGCGGCAGAAAGAGACCCGCAAGCAUCUGUUCGGAGGUCAGUCCCAGAAGGCCGUGCAGCCUCCGCACCUGUAUGUGUGGCUGCAGCGUUUCCAGGCGACGCUCCUCGCCAAGUUCAGCUUCUACUUCCACGAAGCCCUGAGCCGGCAGACGGCCCCAGCUGACAUGAGAGCCCUGACCGCCCGCACCGCGGCAGACUAUUACGGCAAGAUCUCCUCCUUUAUCCGCAAACAUGACGCCAGUAACGUGUCUCUGGUGUUUGACAACCGCGGCUCAGAAAGCUUCCAGGGCCACGGAUACCACCACCCGCACUCAUACCGGGAAGCACCGAAGGGCGUGGAGCAGUUCCCCGCCGUGGUGUCCCUGCCGUCCGGGGAGCGGCCGCUCACGCACUGGCCAAACGUCAUCAUGAUGAUGGGAGACCGCGCCGCUGAGCUCAACACUCUGGACAAGGUGGUGCACUUCUACGACGAUAAAGUCCAGAGCACCUACUACCUGACGCGGCCCGAGCCACACUUCACUCUGGUGGUCAUCUUUGACGGCAGGAAGUCAGAGAAGGACCUGCACAUCGCUGCCUUCCUGCAGGAGAUCUCAGGCUCACUGCGGAACUCCAAACCCUUCAGCACCCUCAAGCCCGGGUCCAAGGGCUGAGCCACACGUGAACAGCACGCAAAGCUGGAAAAGAUGCAACUGGAGAGAAACAUCAACUCAAAUGAUGGAGCCUGCUGUCUCAAAUCACUUCUUACAAGAUGUGGAUCAGUUUCCUUUCUCACUCUGCCAAAACAAAUAAAAAAAAAAAACCUUCCAAAGAGAUUUUAUUUU